CACGCCCUCUCGGCGCGCCGCACGCCCGGACCCCGCGGACCGGAUCGGCGGUGGCGGCGGCGGCCAAGCCCCGGAGGUGGAGGCGGGACGCGGGAGGCGGUGGCGGCUGUGCGCGGAGACGUAGCAGCGGCAGCAUGUCGGCCGGCGGAGCGGCAGUCCCGCCGCCCCCGAACCCCGCUGUGUCCUUCCCGGCGCCCCGAAUCACCCUGCCCGCUGGCCCCGACAUCCUGCGGACCUACUCGGGAGCUUUCGUCUGCCUGGAGAUUGUGCUUGGUGGACUUGUUUGGAUUUUGGUUGCUUCCUCCAAUGUUCCUCUACCUCUGCUCCAAGGAUGGGUCAUGUUUGUGUCUGUAACAGCUUUCUUCUUUUCCCUUCUCUUCCUGGGCUUGUUCCUCUCUGGUAUGGUGACUCAGAUUGAUGCCAACUGGAACUUCCUGGAUUUUGUCUACCAUUUUGUAAUGUUUGUCUUCUACUUUGGAGCCUUCUUACUGGAAGCAGCUGCCACCUCCCUGCAUGACCUGCAAUGCAACACAACCAUGACUGUAAGGCCGCUUCUGAAUGAUAACCAGUACAACAUCAAUGUGGCAGCCACAGUUUUUGCCUUUAUGACGACAGCUUGUUAUGGUUGCAGUUUGGGUCUGGCUUUGCGAAGAUGGCGACCGUAACACUCCUGGGAAACUGACAGUUGUGUGCUAGUUUCAUUUUGUCUGCUUUAUAUAUCUGUUCACUUGGGAACCAUUUGUCCCAAUAUAACAUUCCAAGCAUCAUUUGCUGUGUACAGAGAGAACCGACAUGAAAGCUGUGGUUUGUUACAUUGGUGAAAUUUUAAAUUUAUUCUGAUGUUAGAGAGGUAUCAUUUAAUUUUUCAUCUCUCUUUUCUUUUUAAAUACAUCCCCCUGUAUAUUCUUAAAAUAUAUAGACACUGUUCACAAAACAAUAAUAUCCCUUUUGUUUCUUAAGUCAUCUGAACUUGAAUAAUAGUAAAUAACUAAAACAGUAUAUCUCAAGGAGGCUUCUCAUUGAAUUCUAUCUCUACUGUAAAACGGAGAAUGAUACAUAUUUUUUUACAAAAGGGUCAGAUAACACAUAUGUAGGCCAUAUGGUUUGUGUGGCAAUUGUUCUAUCCUGCAACAUAAAAGCAGCUACAAAUGGCAUGUAAAUAAGUGAAUAUGUCUGUAUCCUAAUAAAGCUUUAUUUACAAAAAGGGA